CCUUGAGCUAUGGCGUGCCGUUUGUAUCAAUAUGAGUUGUUGACAAUCAUAGAGUGUGCGCAUGUGUGUUUUGUGUGCGCAUGCGCAAGCAUGAUUAAGCACAUGUGGUGACAAGCAUCUACCUCUCUUCUUUGCCUUGAGAGCAGUGUGCUAUCUACCUCUCUUCUUUGCCUUGAGCAGUGUGCUAUAUAGAUCUAGUAUCAGUAAUGGCGCGAGAGUUAGAGAGAAAAAUCGAAAUUGUAGAAGAAGAGUUUAAGAGAGGAGAACUCACUGAAUUUGGGUAUAGAAAACGAAAAAUUGCACUUUCCAAAGAAGUCCUUACUAAGGAACUAGAAGAAGGUGAAAUUACGGAAGAGGGAUUCAGAAGGAAGGUUGCUCGCUUGGACCAACAGAGUAAUCCUGGACCCUCAAAAAGUGCUGAAGAUAUCGGAAAAGAGUUGAGUAAUGUCAAUCCCAGCAUAAAGAGCAAAAUUAGUGAAUUGUUUAACAAAAAGGGCCCCAAGAAAGCCAGGGUUCCUGUAGUGACCCCAGAGGUUAAGGCUGGAGUUAGAAAGUUCCAUCGCAAACAAGUCACAGCUGUUUGUGUGGACCAAAACACAUUUGCGGUUCCCAAUCAAAAAUUAAGAGACUGUCUGGUAAAGGAAGGAAAAAUAAAAGAAUUUUAUAUCGGAAAAAAUGAAAACGAUUCUGAAGUUAUGGAAAAGUUGUCUCUUAUGUUUCCCAAAUAUUUACUCGAAUAUUUGAAGGUAACUGGCUCUAAGGAUUUGAUACCUGCUGAUUUGUCUCAGUGUGGGUGUGUAUUGGACAUUGUCGAUGGCGCCAAUCUCUAUGUUAGAGGUGAAUUGAAAGAGAAAAAUGUAAAGAAUACUGGAGGAACACAUAUAAUAAACUCGAUUAUUGUUGGGAAUACUACCAGUAGCCAAGUCAGGGUCUCACAUGAGCAGCCAAGAGUCUUGGCACAAGUAAUCAAAGCACCCCAACACUUUGAUACAGAUGUUCUUGUUGAAGAGCUACAUGAUGAUGAGCUGUUCCAUUUCUUUAGAGAGCAUUCUAACAGUUAUCAAUCUGCAGAGAGGGCACCAGUGGACGAAGAUCUCUUAGAGCAAGUUAUUAAAAAAAGAAAAACUUUGCUGUACAAGGACUCGGAAGUGAGGCAGUGGCUUCGAUGGCGACAGGCUGGUGAUGAAACUGAAUUGGAAUCUAUCAUUGAACAUAGAGAUUAUGUUGAAGUCUCUACAAAACAGAUGGAUGAGUUCUAUGGCUUUAAAAAAACACGUUUCUCUCCAGGCACUCUAGAACUACCGUGCUGCAAAUUGCUUGAAUAUUACAUCAAUCAUCAAAAAAAUAAAUUUCCUGUUUUAAAGAAGUAUGGUGAAGAUUAUGUAGUGAUGACCACUGAUAAUGUAGAUGCAUUGUGUGCCUGGAUUGUUGAACUUCGAAGUAACCCAAACUAUGUCUUUAAAUAAAUACUGAUGUCCGUUAUUAAUUUUUGGGUGUUCAUUAUUCUGAGCAUCGAUGGUGCUGUAUCUAUAACAAUUCUUUGUACGCAAUCACAUUAUAAUUAGUCAAAAUUAAUAAUUAUAUAAAAAUUAAUGCCAUAA